GCGCAAGCGCUAUCAUUUCUUCUGCCACCGUGACUAAGAUGGAAGCGUUCUUGGAGUCGCGGUCCAGUCUUUGGGCCGGGGGUCCGGCCCCGGGGCAGUUUUACCGCAUCCCGUCCACUCCUGGUGCCUCGGUGGGUCCGGCAUCCGCUCCCUACGGGGGUCCGAUGACGCGCACGCAGAACCCCAUGGUGACCGGGACCUCGGUCCUCGGCGUUAAGUUUGAGGGUGGAGUGGUGAUCGCAGCAGACAUGCUGGGCUCCUAUGGCUCCUUGGCUCGUUUCCGCAACAUCUCUCGCAUUAUGAGAGUCAACGACAGCACCAUGCUGGGUGCUUCCGGAGACUAUGCUGAUUUCCAAUAUUUGAAGCAAGUUCUCGGCCAGAUGGUGAUUGAUGAGGAGCUGUUGGGAGAUGGACACAGCUAUAGUCCCAGAGCUAUUCAUUCCUGGCUGACCAGAGCCAUGUACAGCCGCCGCUCCAAGAUGAACCCACUGUGGAACACCAUGGUCAUCGGAGGCUAUGCUGAUGGAGAGAGCUUCCUCGGUUACGUGGACAUGCUUGGUGUAGCGUAUGAAGCCCCUUCGCUGGCCACUGGUUAUGGUGCAUACUUGGCUCAGCCUCUGCUGCGAGAAGUUCUGGAGAAGCAGCCAGUGCUGAGCCAGACUGAGGCCCGAGAGCUGGUGGAACGCUGCAUGCGUGUGCUGUACUAUCGAGAUGCCCGUUCCUAUAACCGGUUUCAAAUUGCCACCGUCACCGAAAAAGGUGUUGAAAUAGAGGGGCCACUGUCUGCAGAGACCAACUGGGAGAUUGCUCACAUGAUCAGUGGCUUUGAAUGACAUACAGAUGCAUUAUCCAGAACUGAAAGUUGUGCCCUUCUUCUCACUUUGAACUUGGCUGGUUCAAAGGUAUACUUUUCUAUUGUAAAAUAAAUAAAUCCUUUGAAAUGCUG